GUCGACGUUGCCACAAUCACACAAAUCAACGAACGGCUUCGUUGCCCUCGACAAGACGACUUCACUUGUCGACUUUCUUCUUCUUCCAAUUGUGCCAGUCCCUCUUCGACAAGUCCAACGAUUUCCGCUUUCAAGCUCGCCGUCGACCUGUUGCCUCUUCGAGUGGUGAGAGCUGUUGCGUUGGUCGUCUCGUGGAUUUCGGCUCCUCGUCCUUGAGCUGGUCGUUUCCUCCUCGAAAGCCUUGCUCACGAGGAACAAGUUCACUCUUAGCUGUCAUCCAGUGAGGAACGCAAGAUGGUCCAAUCUAAACCAGUCGAAGAGCUCGAGAAGGAAGCCGACGUGAAUCCUUUGCUGCGCCAUGUAUUGGCUCUCGACGAACUCUCCGUCAUUGAAGAAGUGUACAAAGCCAAUCCAGACAACUUGACGAGUGCAGUGCUCCUCACAGCCUGUCUUGAUGGAGCCAAGCCUGGUGUCAUUGCGUUCUUGGCUCGAGCCAAACCAGAGCUGGCCAAAGUUGGAGCUCCUUGGGUCUUCGGGGAAUACGACUACAACGACAGCGAGUGUCGUGGAGGUCGCUUGCCGGUCCACUGCGCUUUGCACUGCAUUUUGACUUGCCGAGAUCCUGCAAUCAAUGUCCCAUCAUUUGAAGACAUCAAAGCACUAUUGGAGAUCUUCCCAAAGAGCGUUGAUAUCGACGAUCCUUGUACGGAUCGAAGCCCUCUCAAGGCAUGCGUUCAAGGAAAUGUCAACCUCGAGACGAUCAUGUAUGCGUUUUCUACACAUGGAUGCUCUACAUAUUCCCAGAGCUCGUUAUGUUUCGAUUUCAACCAAGAUACUUCCGAUAUUGUGAAUCUGCGCCACGGGUUUGAUCAAGACUGCGUAAAAGCGCUGUCCAUGUUGAUGCGCGGGACAACAGUGAGAGAAUGCGACUUUGAGUUUGGGCGAGUACACGACGAGGCCUUUGGCGACCUUUUCUUUACGCUUCUCGUGAACAAGAGUAUCACCAAGUGUUCCAUCGAAGUGUCUUCUCUCACGUCCCCAGGUGGUGGUCAGCCGAAUGUUCAACGAAUCUGCAAUUCAGUUUCACGAACUGCACGGCACGGCGAGAGCGCGCUCGAAAAGCUCAAACUUGCCUUGCCUGACGAAGGAGGAUGGGAUAUUGUCUAUAGCUUAUGCCAACUGCCGAAUUCCCGCCUGACCAGUCUCAAACUUCAAGUUCGUCAAGUGUCGGAUGCCGCCGUCCCAGCGUUGAGUCUGGUGCUUGGCGGAGAAACCUCGGUCCGUCGAUUUGAGCUUUCGUCGCAUUUUGGGUGUGAAAUCAACUUGGACCCCCUCUUGGAUUUGCUUCGAGUGAACACAACUUUGGAAAGUCUUCUAGUUGAAGUUGGAUAUAAUGAAGACAAACACAAGAUUGCUCACUGGAAGAAGCACCUCGGAACCGUUGUCGAGGAAGACAACUGCUCGUUGAUUGCAGCGUCAGUAGUCGGACGCAGCUACCGCUUCAGUUUGAGGCGCAACAAGUCCCGCAAACUCAGCAACUUGGACUACUUUUUGAAGCUCAAUCGUUGCGGACGUCGGGUCUUGAAGCAAAAAGAGUCUUGUCUUGUCGAAGACCUUGUGGAGUCCUUGGGAUAUUUGGUAGUUGAUGAAGGCAAUUAUUCUAUGCAGCACAAUGAUUUGUUGGAAGCCAACACGUACUUCUGGCUCCUUCGAGAAGGGUUGGAGUUGUGGGUCCCCUCUCCUGCUUCCCUAGCUUAAGUCGGUCUCUGGUGCUGAAAGGUGAUUUCCGUUUCUGUGAUGUUUCGACAACGGCUGAAAGUGACUGAUUUGCACGGCGCGUUCUGCUCAAAUCUCCUGCAGUGGAGAAUGAUAGGACGUUCCAUUUUACUGCAUGGCAGAUCCAGUAGCUUUAUCUAAAAAUGAAUUACAUGUACCUAUUUAAACACCUGACCUUAUAUAG